CCUGAACAGCGGGACACACACACACCUAUGCCUUCAGUGGAUACUGUCGGCUUCCCCGGACUCUGAGAGGUAAAAGUCAACAAAUCGUCCGGUUUUUAUUGAGUGAGAUCCUCUCCGAAUGAACAGCCAUGGGGGAAUGGACCAUAUUAGAGCGUCUCUUGGAGGCGGCUGUCCAGCAGCACUCUACAAUGAUCGGAAGGAUCUUGCUGACUGUGGUGGUGAUUUUCCGGAUUCUGAUCGUGGCAAUUGUCGGAGAGACCGUGUACAACGAUGAGCAGUCCAUGUUUGUGUGUAACACCUUACAGCCAGGCUGCAACCAGGCCUGCUACGACAAGGCUUUCCCCAUCUCCCACAUCAGGUACUGGGUGUUCCAGAUCAUUAUGGUGUGCUGCCCCAGCCUCUGCUUCAUCACCUACUCUGUGCACCAGUCCGCCAAGCAGAAAGAGCGGCGGUUCUCCACAGUGUACCUAUCACUGGACAAGGACCAGGAUUCUAUGAAACGGGAUGAUAGCAAGAAGAUCAAGAACACCAUCGUGAAUGGAGUGCUGCAGAACACUGAAAACUCCAAUAAAGAGGUAGAACCCGACUGCCUUGAGGUCAAAGACAUCCCCAACUCAACCCUGCGAACUACAAAGUCAAAAAUGAGAAGGCAGGAGGGCAUCUCCAGGUUCUACAUCAUUCAAGUGGUGUUCAGAAAUGCACUAGAGAUAGGGUUUCUGGUGGGUCAAUACUUCCUUUAUGGAUUCAACGUCCCUGCAGUGUAUGAAUGUGAUCGAUACCCUUGCAUAAAAGAUGUAGAGUGCUAUGUUUCUAGGCCCACAGAGAAGACUGUGUUUCUGGUCUUCAUGUUUGCAGUCAGUGGCAUUUGCGUGUUAUUCAACUUGGCAGAGCUCAACCAUCUCGGCUGGAGGAAGAUCAAAACUGCUGUGAGAGGAGUGCAGGCCAGGAGGAAGUCUAUUUAUGAGAUCCGGAACAAAGACUUGCCCAGGAUGAGUAUGCCAAACUUUGGGCGCACUCAGUCCAGUGACUCUGCAUAUGUGUAG